AUGAAUUCCGUCAAAGAAAUCGAGCAAAUGUUUGAAGAGGUGAUGACAAGUCGUGACUUUGGAAGUUUACCUGAAAAGGCGCGUCAUCAGAUGGAAAACUAUUCUCCUGAUAGGAAAUGGAUGCUUAUUCGCCAACACAAGUUAGCUGAGUUCAAGAAGCAAAAAAUGAAACAGCAAGAGGAGGUAGCAUUCAUGCCUCCUAAAAGAUAUUCUACCAUGUCCACUUCUGGUUCUUCUCGAAAGUCCAAGCUGCUGUAUCAACAGCAGCAGCAAACAGAAUCAUUGAUUCGUCAUUCAGACCCUACUUUUUAUGUGGGGCAACUCAUAAGUAACGAGAUUUCUCUUCAACAGUUAAAAGAGUUAGAUAUUUGUCUCAGUUCAGAGGAGAUCACAUGGACAGAAGAGUUUCUUCAUCAAGAGGGUGCUCUCUGCCUUUGCAACGUACUAAAUAAUCUUUACAAAACGUAUCCUACUCUUCCGAAAGAUGAGGAAAUUGUGAAGCCUGAGCAGCCAGCGGAUAAUAGUGAACAUAUUUCCAGAAAGCUGUUCACAAACAUCUCUGAGGAGUAUGCCAUUAUUCUGGAGAAAGAAAUGAGACUAUUCCGUUGCAUCAAAGUAAUUGCUGACCUUACCAUUGGCAUAGAAGAUCUGAAGAAGAGUGAUAUCUUUAUACAGUCAAUUUUUGGCGGCUUAUUUUCUGGUAAACCGCAGAUUCGAAAAUGGGCAACAGACAUCAUUACCUACUUCUAUCACAAAACAUCAUACAGUGAUACAAUAUACAAAACAAUGAGCCGGCCCAUGAACAAAAACGUCCACUUCAGGUUUAUUCAUGAUCUUUAUGUGGAGUCUGGCAACUUGGGUAUCUUAGAUCAGCGUUCACAAUACAUCCUCACAAAUAGAGACAAAAUCAAACGGUAUGAGGUAUGGCUCUGGGGAGUGCUCCGUUUACUUCAAGGCAGGGGUCGCAUGGGCUCUAAAGUGGGCGCUUAUCAGGAGUUUAGGUACUCUGGAACCGUAAACAACACAUUCCUCGCUGAAUAUGCGCUUUCAACGCUUUUACUUAUCAAUACAUUAAUUCAGAAGUCUGGAGCGCUGGCUCAGAGGACGAGGAUGCGCAGGUUGUUUAUUAGCUCUGGAUUGAGAGAGAUAUUUGAGUGCUUUAGAGGCUUGAAUAAUGCUGAAGUCAAUCACAGUAUCGCUAGUAUCGAGGCUGCCGAGCAAGAAGAUCAGGCAGAGCUACGACAGAUGGAAGAGUUUCGUAACGAUAAUAUUGAAUUCAAUGAUCCGGUGAGUCUUUUUGUGUCGAUGUGGAAAAAAAACAGAGGCUCAGAUGUCGGUAAAUACUUGCUUUCGAUCAUGCAGAACAUGUUUGUGAGCCAGUCGGGCAAUCUGACAGAAGCUGAUCCAGAACAGGUUAGCAGAAAUCUCAAAUUGGUGGACAAUUUUAUUAACAAUAUUACUAUGGUAUCUGGAGAUGAUGAUACUGAUAUGAAUAUUUCAAUAAACAAGCUCAUCGCGUCUUAUCAUACUGACGAGCUAGCACGUAAGGCAAUGUCAGAAGCGAGUGAAGCUAAAAAGAGAGUUGAAGAGGCAGAGGCAGAAAAGGAUAUUGCUCUUCAGCAACUUAAUGAAGGUUCUAAGGGUGUUGUUGAAGAUAUGAAAAAGGAACUUACUGAGAGAAGCCUAAUUCUCACCCGUCUGCGUGAAAAGCUUGACGAUAGGGAUAAAGAAGUGUCGGAACUUAAAAGGAAACGUAUAUUGGAUAAGCAUCAGCAAGAGAUGGAAAUGAGAGAGAUGUUAUUGUUGCUUCAUAGCUAUCAGGGUAUAAACGGUGGACAAGUACCUCUUGCUUCGAAUCAAUCUGCUCUUUCAGUUUCGCCGAGUGGGAAUGCCCCUACUCCAGAAUCUUCCAUUCCAUAUUCUGGUAGGUCGUCUACGGUGACAGAACUAGAGAAACGAUUGAAAACACGCGUGGAUAAGAGUAAAAUGGAAUCUCGCCGCCUUGGAUCGACAGGUGUCGAGCCAAGUGCUAGACUCCGUGAUCUACGUCUGAAAAUGGACUUACUGGAACGUGAAGCACGUGACUUGGAAAACAUGGACUUCGAAGAAUUUAGCGAGCAGAUACCGGAACCUCCAGUAAAAACGGGCAGAGAGACUGAUUUGGAGACGCUUACCAAGCUCAGAAGGAAACUAGAUCUGCUUCAGAAAGAUGCCAAUAAAGUAAUUAAAGUACAGGGAGAUUUGGCCCAUAGAGAAGACAUGAAAUUGCACAAGGUGGAGGCUUUGGAUAGACUUACAAAGUUGCAGCAGUACAUGGAGGACUUGAGAAAUACAGAAUCGGAAGAUGAGGAGCGUUCAUCGCAUAUGACGUUGGACCCGAAGUAUCAUAAACCCAAAGAACAUUCUGCGCAAUUAAACCAGGAACUUGACACUAUUGAGGGCCUUUGUCAGAAAUUGAAGGAGCAGCUGGCUACAGCUGGAGAUGAUCCUGCCGCUCUUUCUAGCACCUAUAAUCUACUCUCCAAGUUUGAGGAUAAAUAUUCAAAGGGAAAGAAAGUGCAACCAAAAGCUGACUAUUCGAACUCUACUGGAUCCUUACUGAGUAUUUCCGCAAAGAAAAUGGAUAAAGAGAGCAUGCGUCCAUUUCUUGGGGAAUUGGAAAGGAAAGUUGCACGCCAGGCUGCUAUUGGUGAGGCCGGCCCUUCGCAUCCGCAGGAGAAUGCUCCAAAAUUCAGACUACCUAUUUCUGCUGUACCUCUUAAUCCUGCUGAACGCGCUAGCCAGAUUAGAAAUACUAAACAAAAAUCAAUGGAUCCUUUGAGUGUCUCUAGCGUACCUGUUAAUGCAAAGUUUACUCAGGGCGUGAAUGCAAGCACUAACAUGAGUUCUAAUGCUGAUGCCAGCAGAGAUAACUCUGGUGUUAAAAUUUUGAGCAAUCAUUCAAAGCAAAACAAGGUUGGUAUACCUGCCGUGUCGGAAUCAAGUGGUGCCAAUCACAGCAAGAGCUAUAUCAGUGGGAGAAAUUCGCAUAAAACUUCGAAGUCAUCCUCUUCCGCUGGCCAUUUUAAUGAAAGAUCAUUAAGUGCCGUCACGGAUGAUAUUGAUACCAGCUUUGCUUUUGAUGCUGAUGAGAACGAAGUGGGUGUAGACGUCCGAGUCCCUUCUGGUGCGCACACUAUGACUGGUAGGGAAUCAGAUUAUACUGGCAACGACUCUUCUAAAAUUGCCAGUCAGCACAAGGUAUCCGAAAAGGUUAGACAUAAGCUGAACAAUGCAUCCAUCUCUUUGGAAUAUUUAUCAUCUGAAUCAGACGAAGAAGGAGAUGAUAGUACAACUCAUACUACAGGCCCCGCAAGCACGCCAUCUCGAUAUCGUCAUCAUCAUCAUCAUCAUCAUCAUCAUCACGAUAUCCAACCGAAGAAGACUGUGCAGGUGUUGCCUUCACGCCGUUCUGGUUCUUCAGAUUCUAGCACAGCAUCAUCUUCAUAUUCUGCUCCCCUGGUGAGCGCCAAAUCUUCGCCGGUCAAGUGCGUGGUUAAAAAGGAAGCUGCUUUACCUCCACCCCCACCUCCUCCACUUCCUUCGAUGUUUACAAAGAAGGUAGAUGAAGAGUCGCCUACUGCUGCUAAGAUAUCGUCAACACCACCACCACCACCACCACCACCGCUUCCCCUUUCACUGGAUUCUUCAUCCACUAGAUCUUCUCCUAUUCCGGCCCCGCCUCCACUGCCCACUGGCAAGCCGAGAACCCCUACUCCUUCACCUUCACCUAUCGUGGAAACUGGUCCUUUCGAUAUGCUUCCGAGACCGAAGAAGAAGUUAAAACAACUUCAUUGGGAGAAACUUGAAGACACAGAGGACUCAUUCUGGGCAAAUAUGGGAUCUGAGGAGAUGGCAAGACAGCUGCUACAUAACGGUGUGUUUGAUGAGAUUGAGAUUAUUUUUGCGGCUAAAGAGGCUAAAAGAAUUGCCAGAAGAAAGAAGGAAGAGGCAAACAAGAUUACCUUUUUAAAGACAGAUAUCUCUCAGCAGUUUGGAAUCUGCUUGCAUUCGUUCUCAUCGCUAUCAGACAAGAUGGUAGUUCUCAAAAUUCUUCGCUGUGAUUUGGAUGUGUUAGAUAAGCCGGCCUUACUCGAGUUUCUGGCAAAGCCCGAGCUAAAUGACAUAUCUGUUAAUAUGACGAAGAAUUUUGAACCUUAUUCUACUGAUUGGCAGUCUGGCCAACCUCAAAAACCAGAUAAGGAUCCCGCAGAUUUGGCACGGGCAGACCGUAUCUACUUGGAGUUGAUUUAUAACUUGCAUCACUAUUGGAGAUCUAGGAUGCGUGCACUGAACACAAUGCUUACAUUUGAGAAGGACUACGAUGAUUUGGUUGUCAAGCUCGAAAAGGUUGAUUUGGCAUUGGACAGGUUGGAGAAAUCAGAUACACUGCGCCGUGUAUUUGAUAUUAUUUUGAUUGUGGGUAACUACAUGAAUGACACAUCCAAGCAAGCCAUGGGUUUCAAGUUGAGUACUCUUCAGCGCCUUAAUUUUCUCAAGGAUGGCAAGAACACAUUAUCGUUUCUUCACUAUGUGGAGAAGAUAAUCCACAAGAAUUAUCCUGAUUUAGAACAAUUUGUUAGCGACCUCAAGCCCACAUUUGCUGCUUCCAAGAUCAGUAUUGAACAGACAAGAGCAGAUUGCCAGAUGUUCAUUACUACCGUGAAAAAUAUUGACUCCUCACUGCAAAAUGGCAAUCUCAGUAACCCUGACAAGUUCCAUCCAGAAGACAGGUUCCUCAAGGUGGUUCUUCGCCGAUUACCUACUGCCAGAUCCAAGGCUGAACUUCUGAACGACAGGAUGAAGAUAGUACUUGACAGAUUUGAUACGGUGAUGAGAUAUUUUGGUGAAGACCCUGGAAGUGAUGAAUUUGCCAGAAAUACCUUUUUCAGCAAGUUCAGUGAGUUUGUGGAAAGUUUCGAGAAGGCGUCCAAGGAAAAUAGAGAAGCGGAGGAAAGAAACAGGUUAUAUGAGAUCAGUAUGCAAAGAAUGAAUGACGAAAGAGAAAAGGAAAAGAAACUAGAACAGGAAGGAGGCUUAUCAAAGAAUUCCGACAUGGAGAAGUUCCUCGAACAGUUAAGGCAGACAGGACCUCUUAGAUCAGAGCCAACGUCAGCUAAAAUUAGAGAGUGGGCCAAAAAGCAUUCGGCUAAGUCUCAGGUUGGUGCUUCUGCAGCUGCUUCUUUACCGUUAUCUCCUGUUGAGACUGAUACUGGUAUGAGUUUAGGUGUUGAGGAUGCUUCUCCAGUUGAAUUGUCAUCAGAAGAUAAAGAAGAGGAAAAUAUUCGUAAUAGGACUCACGAUCUCUUGAUGAAGUUAGCUCAGCAGAACCAUACUGUCUCACCCACAGCCUCGAAUAGUGACUUACAGUUCAGGUUGAGCGAUUUCAAACUUAGCGAUAGAAUGAAGCGCCGUCUGCAACAAAGCUCUAGGGCUAGCUCGGUGAGCUCGGUUGAGCUUGAUUCAAUCUCACGUUCUGGAUCAUAUUAUACUUCCAAAUCGCGUCUUGAUUUGGACUCAAGUCCGGUAGUGGAAGAAGGAUCAGAAUCUGAUGAGUUUAAGAAAGAGAGCGGUGGUGAGGAUGCUGAAUUCAAUGAUGCCCCAGAAAGCUUCGAAUGA